AUGAGCAGCAAUUUUAUUGAAGAGGAAGCUGAAUUGGAUGAGGAAGAAUUGCAAGAAAAACAACUCCGACAUGAUGACGAUGAAGACAGUGAAGAGGAAAAUGAAACCGGUGAAGAUCUUGACGCCUAUGAAAAAGACGAUUUUAUUGUGGAUGAUGACGAAAUUGAUGAGGGAGAGCAAGUACCGCCUCCAAUCGAUCAAGAGUCUAAUUUGCAUAAACGAAAAACUCACCCAUCAAAGAAGAAGAGAAAAUUCAAGAGGUUGAAGAAGGGUGAAGAAAACCUUCUAUCCAAAGAAGUCAGCGAUCUUGUUCAACAACAACAGCAAGAAAACGAGCCGGAAGCUGGGGACAUGGAAGAUGAUUAUGGAGAAGAUGAGGACGAAGACGACAGGUUUAUUGACGGAGAUGAUCAAGAGGAUGAUAUUUUCGGUACUGACGAGGAAGAAGAGGACUAUCUUCCUGUUGAAGAAGAAGAGGAACGUAAAUAUACUCUCAAAGAUAUAUUUGGAGCCGAUUUGUUGAAAGAAAAGUUUUUAACUGAAGAGGAUGAAGUCAUAAGAAAUGAAGACGUUCCCGAAAGAAUAUCACUUAGACAAGGUAUUAGACUUUUGGAUCCUGAUGAAUUGUAUAAUGAAGCAUGUUGGAUUUAUUCAAAAGUUUUUCAAAGUCAUGCCGAAUUGCAUAUGGAAAGAUAUAGAAAGUAUAUUGAAUAUGAUUCUAACAGAUUUGAUAGUCUUAAAAAUUUAUUUGUUGAAACCAUUGUCAAGGUUCUCAAGUUUAUUCUUCAAAUGAGAUACGACAUUCCUUAUAUUUCUCAAUACAAGAAAGAAGAGUUUGAACAUGUCUUACAAGUUGAGGGCAAAUUCAACGACAAGGAUUUGUGGAAAAUACUUGAAUGGGAUGAAAAAUGGUGUGUUCUUCAAUCCAAAAAGAAAAAGCUAAAGAGUCUUUACGAUAGCGCAAAGACACUAAUAGAUCCCUAUUAUUUAUCUCAAUUGGAUUAUUGUGAUAGCAUCGAUUAUAUCAAUGACCUUCAAUUGCACUUCACUUCUAUUCUAAGUGAAGACUCUGAGGUUCAAAUCGGUGAGUACAAAAGACCAAAGAAGAAAGACACAUAUUCUUUGGCUAAGCGAGAAGGAUUAGCUCCACUAGCGAAUAGAAUGGCUUUAUCUUCUCAACAAUAUGCAGAAAACCUUUCAAACGAAGUUGCUGUUCACGAACCUGAGGAUUAUCAGCAAGAUCCUAUCAAGGCAGCGGAAGAAUUCAAAACAGCAAUUUUUGACUCUGAAGAGAGCGUUCUUUCUGCUACUAGACAUUACUGUGCCUAUCAAAUUGCACAUGAGCCAAGGAUUCGUGACAUUGUUCGCUCAAAAUUCGAGAACCACGCCACAAUCAAAAUCAAGCUAACCAAAAGAGGAAAGGCUCUCAAAUCCGUGGAGGAUACAGAAGAUGUAGAAUCAAGCUUCCUUUCUCUAUUUAGAGCACGUGAUAGACAUAGGGAAAACAUUUUCACUCAACAAGAUGAUGAAUAUACCACUCACAUUCAUUACUUGAACGAAGAUCCAGAAAUUUAUUUGAGAAUUGUGAAAUAUGAAACUCUAGGUUUUCUCAAGAUGUCACUGUAUUUAGAAGAUAGAUACUUUGACGAUUUAUUCAAAGCAAGUGAUCUAUAUUUGAGUCAAAAGCAUUCACAACUAGCAACAUCCUGGAAUGACCAUAGACUCAAGAUCAUUGAGGAGGCAAAAGGCAUUCUAAACAGAUCCAUCAAUUCAACUGUAAAAAAUAACCUAAAAGAAAAAGCUUGUGAAAAAAUUUGUGAGCUCUGUGAAGACAAGCUAACUCAAAUGCUAAUGGAAGGACCUUAUGAUCUCAAAUCGGAUAGCCCAUUUAAUUACAAAGACUUUGUUGAAGAUUCUAAGCCAAGACCAACCAAGUGCAAAGUUCUAGCCUGCAUACCUGGAGGUGAAGAAAAAGAAAGAACAACCUGGGUGAUGCUAGACGAAAAUGGUGCUAUGAUCGACAAGAAGAUCUGGCCAAUUGGUCAUCCAUUUCAAACUUCAAAAACCAGCGAGCACGAUAAAGAAGUUUUGGAUUCGAUGAAGAGAGACCUGAAAGAUUUAAUUAAUGCUCAUCACCCUAAGGUUAUUGCUCUUGCAACUUGUGGAGGACUUAUCUUUAAGAAAAUAAGAGAGGCUAUUUGUGAGGACUUUGUCUCAAGGUUAGACUUUCUUAAAGAGUCUCAAAUAGACGUUCAGAUUGUUCCUGAUGACUUGGCGAGAAUAUAUGAAAACUCGGAACGUGGUAACAAAGAAUUUCCCAACGAGAACAACGUCGUUAAAAGAGCCAUCUCUGUUGGUCGUAGAUUGAGAGAUCCCCUAACAGAGAUUGCUGGCUUCUUUAACCAACAAGAAAUCUUAUGCUACAGAUUCCAUGACUUACAGGAUGUUGUACCAAAAGAACAACUUGUACGAUCUUUGGAGAAAUCUUUUGUUAGAGUGGUGAAUCGAGUUGGAGUUGAAAUUAACAGAAUCAUUAAUCAUCCACAGCUUCAAUCAGUACUCAAGUUUGUGAGCGGCCUUGGACCAAGAAAAGCAGAACUGAUUCUGAAUAGAAUUAAGCAGCAACAUGAUGAGCCAUACAUUGUAGAUCGAGAAUCUGCUUCUACUCAAUUACUUUCAGAUCAAAAGAAUGUUGCAUUGAAUUGUUUGGGAUUCUUAAUCGUUCGUAAACCUCCAAAUAUUUCGUUUGAAGAUGAUCACGCUAGACAGUUUAAGAUUAUUGACGCUACUCGUGUUCACGUGCUCUCGUAUCAUCUUGCGAAAAAGAUUGUAGAAGAUGCCUUGGAAACAGAGAAUUUGAAACUUGAAAAGAUUCACAAAAUAUUUAAAAAACCAUCUCUGCUCGACGAACUGGAUUUGGACACUUAUGCCGACGAGCUUGAGAAGAGAGGUUAUGGAAAGACCCGUAUUACAUUAAAAGAUAUUAAGGAAGACCUCAAGCAUCCAUUCAAAGAUCCAAGAAGAGAUUUCAAGUCCAUAAACAAGGACGACAGAAAAGUAUUUGAACUUGUUACAAACGAAAAUGAUCUCACACUACCUAAAGGAAAGCAAGUGUUAGCUACCGUUGUAGGCGUACAGGAUAACAUUUUAUUUUGCAAACUUGAUAAUGGUCUCUACGGGGUGGUUAUUCGUCCCAACUUAGAUUUUCAUAUUGACAAAUUUCAAGACUAUUUUAAGGUGGGAGAGGAGCGAUACUUUAAGAUCAGAGAGAUUGUUUACAAAGAGUUUAAGGUUCAACUUAGUCCAGUAGCAUCAGAACUUCCUUUCAACAAAAAAGAAGUAGACCAAGCUACGAAUAUCAAGACAGGUGCUCCAUCCAAGAAGCGUUUCCACAGACAAAUCAAUCACGCAGCAUUUAGAGAUUUUGACUAUGCUCAAGCUGUAGACUUCUUGGCUGAAAAGGCACCAGGUGAAUUAGUUAUCAGACCCAGUAGUAAGGGUUAUGAUCACUUGGCCAUUACGUUCAAGUUCGGAAAUAACCUUUACAUUAAUUAUGAUGUCGAGGAGGAGAAGAAAGGAAAAGAUAUUAAUUCUCUCGGAAGUACUCUCAAAGUCAAUGGAAAGGUCUUCUCUGAUUUGGAUGAAGUAAUUUAUUACUGUGUUGAAAAUUUGAUGGACUAUACCAAUCAAUUGAAAUCAAGCAGCAAAUACUUUGAUGGAAACAGAGAUGAUGUUAAAAACAUUCUAAGAGAGGAAAAGAAAAAAAAUCCAAAGAUUAUUCCUUACAGAAUUGUCAUGAGUACCUCAAAGCCAGCUAAAUUCUAUAUCUAUUACUUGCCUGGCAAGCACACAGUGCUAGAAAAGUCUUUCACUGUCACACCAGAUGGCUACUAUUACAGCAGCAGACAAUUCAAAGAUACUGUCAAGCUUAUCAAUGCUUUCAAGCAUUCGUGCCAAACUUACGAAGCUAAACAAACCAAUCAACCAAGCGCAGGUGGUUGGGAGUAA